GCGCCUCCGGAGAGACAUGGCUGAGUCCUUUGUUAGCUUGCCUGCCUGGGCAGCUGCGCUCCUUCUCUUUUUCGCUACCGUCUCCGGAUCCACCGGCCCUGGGAGCAGAGAAAAUCGGGGGGCCUCACGGAUCCCUUCCCAAUUCAGCGAGGAGGAGCGCGUCGCUAUUAAAGAGGCGCUGAAAGGUGCCAUCCGGAUUCCCACAGUGUCUUUCAGCCACGAGAAAGCCAACACCACAGCCCUCGCUGAGUUUGGAGAAUACAUUCGCAAAGCUUUCCCUACAGUGUUCCACAGCUCCCUUGUCCAACAUGAAGUCGUGGGAAAAUACAGCCACCUGUUCACCGUCCGAGGCUCGGACCCGAGUUUGCAGCCCUACAUGCUCAUGGCUCACUUUGACGUGGUUCCUGUAUCUGAAGAAGGAUGGGAGGUGCCCCCGUUCUCAGGCCUGGAGCGCAAUGGCUUUAUCCAUGGCCGGGGUGCGCUGGACAACAAAAACUCUGUGAUGUCAAUCCUGUAUGCUUUGGAGCUCCUGUUGAUCAGAAACUACAGUCCCAAAAGAUCUUUCUUCAUUGCUUUGGGCCAUGAUGAGGAGGUGUCUGGGACAAAGGGGGCUCAGCAGAUCUCAGCACUUUUACAGGCAAGGGGUGUCCGGCUAGCCUUCCUUGUGGACGAAGGGAGCUUCAUCAUGGAAGGCUUCAUUCCGAACCUCAAGAAGCCGGUUGCCAUGAUUUCAAACACCGAGAAGGGUGCUCUUGACCUCAUGCUGCAAGUGAACAUGACUCCAAGCCACUCUUCAGCUCCCCCAAAGGAGACGAGCAUUGGCAUCCUCUCUGCCGCUGUCAGCCGACUGGAGAAGACACCAAUGCCGAACAUGUUUGGAAGUGGGCCAUUGGAGAAGACAUUGAAGCUACUGGCAAACGAGUUUUCCUUCCCUGCCAAUAUGGUCUUGAGGAACCUGUGGCUAUUUCGUCCCAUUGUGAGCAGGCUAAUGGAGAGGAAUCCCAUAACAAAUGCGCUGGUCAGAACAACCACAGCCCUCACCAUGUUCAAUGCGGGCAUCAAGGUGAAUGUCAUCCCUCCGUUGGCUCAGGCUACAAUCAACUUCCGAAUUCACCCUUCACAGACAGUACAUGAGGUCCUAGAACUUGUCAAGAAGACGGUGGCUGAUGACAGAGUCCAGUUGCAUGUGUUGAGAUCCUUUGAACCCCUGCCCAUCAGCCCUUCUGAUGACCAGGCCAUGGGCUACCAGCUGCUUCAAGAGACCAUACGAUCUGUCUUCCCGGAAGUCAAUAUCAUCGUCCCCGGUAUUUGUAUUGCCAACACGGACACCCGACACUAUGCCAGCAUCACCAAUGGCAUGUACCGGUUCAACCCCAUUCUCCUGAACCCUCAGGACUUCACUGGUAUUCAUGGAAUCAACGAGAAGAUUUCUGUUCAAAACUACCAGAACCAGGUGAAGUUCAUCUUUGAGUUCAUCCAAAAUGCUGACACCUACAGCCAGCCAGUGCCUCAUCUGCAUGAACUGUGAGGCAAGGAUCAAGCUGGGUGAGAGGUACCCGGCACUGGGCCAGGACUAAGGGGCGAGAGAGCUGGCAUAUAUGAAAGGUUUGGUGGAAACCAUCCUAUAAUUCACCUGCCUGGCUCCCUCCUCCACUCACCAGGGAAUGAGGUCCCAAGAGGAAAGGGAGAUGAAUAGAAUCUGGCCUGACUGUCCUGACAUCUGCGUUCUUCCUCCGAGUGGCACCUAUUGCCUUCUGGUGUGUCCUGCCUGUUGGCCUGUCUCAUGCUGGUUACUAACUAUUCCACUUUCCCAACUUGUCUUAACAAAUAGAGAUUUGGGGAAAACCUCAAGCAGGUUUUAUUACUAGAUAGAGUAUGGACUUCGGGUACUUGAACUGGACUGUCUUCUAGAAUUUCCUUCCUCCUGUCUUCUCUCCGACUCAGGAGCUGCCCCUUGGCCUCUCUCUCUUCCUACCUCUGCUUCCUUCCUCCAAUCUCCAGUUCAUUCCACAUCUGGAGUUAAGACUCAAACUGAGAAACUCCCAUGAUCGCAGUCAAAUAAAGGGGGUCUGUCCUCGUGAGCGUCACCUGGUCUCUGACAGGUGAGCUUGAGGUGGAGACUUUGAGAGAACCCCAGAACCUCCUGGUUCCAGAGGCUCGGGCUCUUGGGAUUUUGUUCCCCUUCUCUGCCCUGUUCCUGCCACCUGCUGUUGCUGCCCCACCCCAGGAAGCACUAAUCUGGGGAAGCAUUUUCCUGGCACAGUGUACAGGCUGAGCUCCCAAGAGAGGAACACUCAAGAUCGAUCCAGCUUCUCCAGUGGUGCCCAGAACCAGCAGCGCCCUGGCCCUGGCCCUGGCAUGUCCCAUUUCAGAAUGACCAAGGGGAAGUAGAGGAUAAGGAGGGGAGGUGACUUGAGAAGCUCUUCCCUGGGCAAGAGAAGCAAGGGGAGGUAGCCUCCAUUAAAGUGUAGCAGAGCUCCUGUCUUCUCUCUGGACUUCAACCCUAGGCGUAUUUGAAUGUGCCCAGUAGCUGCUAGGUGGGGGGCACUGGGAAGCAGCCUUUCUUGGCUCAAGGCCAGCAUCGCUGCUUUGUGGAUCACAAGGGAGUGGAGGUCACAAAGGGAGACACAGAAAUGGAGCUUGAAAGGCUCUGUCUUUUCCCCUCUCCAGACGAGGACCUCCUGCGUCUCCCAGGGGUUUGUUUGAUAGUUCUAGGUUUCCUUGCCCCCUCUUCAGAAAUCCCCGUUUUCCCUCGCUCCCAAGUCCUUACCUUCCUCCCAGGACGUGAACUGUUCCCUGAGGCUCUGGCUUAGUUGUUAACAUUUAGAAACAGUGUGGGGAUUAUUCAAGGUUUUUAGCUGCUCCUGCUAAGAUUCACAUUCCUACCCUCGCUCUCCCUUUUUGGCCAGUUUAGUACUUAUUCAGCCUUUGUUGAAGGGCAAGCUGAAGAACAAAAAAAUAAUCCUUCACUUUUGUACAGAGCUCUAUGAGAUAGUCUUAUAGACGCCUUAUCUCAGCCCUAUGAGCACUCUAUUGUUAACUUCUUCCUACAGAGAGGAGCUCCAUUAUGGAAACAGUGGUUCAAACCUUCAUUACCUUGCUCCUAAGCCUCGCCAGUAUUCUCUGACCCUGAAUCACCUAUUCCCCACCGGUUUCUUAUUUAAUUCCCAUAACUACUGUGGCAUGAGUGUGUACCCCGCGUUUGUUAUGUUGUAAACUUAAUCAUGAGAAAAGUAUUCAAGGGAGGGAACCUAGCCGACUGGGGGCUUGCCUUUGUAGGGUUAUUAGGAUUGGGCAAGGCCGUGGGGCUGAGCUCCAUCCUUGACUUAGUAAUGGCUUUUUAAGGAGUGAGUUUGAGGAAAUAGAUGCAUUUAAUCUCAUUUGGACAAUGGACUGUGAACACAUGUGUCAAAAUAUCAUAGUACUUCACCAAAUUAGAGAAAGAAAAGGGAAAAGAACAGAAGACACACAGGUUCAUACAUGUAUUCUGCAUCUUGCCAUAUGAAGUCCUAUACCAUCUCUUGCCCAAGAAGACCUAUCCAACAGGGAAAAAAAACAGUGUUGCCCACAUGAUUUUAAUGUUCCCAAGCUGUGAGCCAAAAUAAACCUCCUUUCUUUAUAUCUCAAA